AUGUUCUCCAUCACGUCGACGUUCAACACACACACGAGGUGCAUACAGGAAUCCCCGAACAUGGACGCGUCAUCUCGCGGCAGACGUUCAGUCUCGCCAACCAUGUGGGCCAAUCUGACGCAUUACAGCUACCGUAAUCGCAGUUUCGAUCCAGCAUUAGACUUCGAUGACAAGCCAAUAGAAGACUGUCACUCGUUGUACUUCCUCCUCGAUUUUUUCCAUCAAUACUACAUUCCCUCGAUAAUAUUACUAGGCCUGAUAGGCAACCUACUCUCUUGUGUCGUGUUCCUAAACACGCAUUUAAGGAUACGAAGCUCCAGUUACUACCUGGCAGCACUUGCCACGGCAGAUUUCGGUUUCCUGGUUACUCUGUUGUUAGUCUGGCUGAAUAAUACGUUAGGAUGGAAAGUGUUCAACAAAGAUGGCUGGUGUGAGACUUUGGUCUACGUCAGCGCUGUAUGCAGCUCUCUGAGCGUCUGGCUGAUCGUUGCGUUCACUGUGGAGAGGUUCAUAGCGGUGCAAUAUCCCUUACACAGACCACACAUAUGCACUAUAGCGAGAGCGAAGACGAUCGUGUUGGUGUUGGUAAUACUGGCGUUGACAAGUCACUCGUACUCCUUCGUGACAGCUGGUGUGGUGAGCAAGGACGGAGAAGAGUAUUGCGAUUUGAAAUCGGAAUACCUGGAAACGAUGAAGAUUAUCAGCAUUAUCGACAGCAUCGCCAGUCUAAUCGCGCCGUUGGUUUUGAUCAUCGUUAUGAAUACCAUGAUCAUGAGGAAUCUACUGAGGUUUAGCAGGCGGUUCAAGCAGACUUCAGCGACAUCUACAGAUUGUCCGAGCAGAGAAAGAUCUGACAUCAAUUUGAAUCAAAUUCCGAGUGCCAGCAGCAGUAACAACGGUGCCGGCGGCAUGAAUCUAGGACCAAUGGUAGGAGGCCGGAGGCCACCCUCUCAACAAUCGUUUCAUCACUCACGACAUCAGACUACGUCCGCGCCGCCUUCCACGCCGCGGAAUGCCUGCCAGUUACCCGAAAUAGGCACUCGCUGUAUACAUAUCAGGUCGUCGUCGAAGAAUCUCGUGUCAACGAGAAAUCAACAGAACAUCACGAAAAUGCUGUUGCUGAUAAGCACUGUGUUUAUUCUUCUCAAUUUACCGAGUUACGUUAUCCGGCUGUUCGUCUUUUUCUUCACGUUGGCCCGCAAAGACACGCCUGACCUGCUCUGGUGCCUGCAACAGUUCUUCAUGCUCCUAUACUACACUAAUUUCAGCAUCAAUUUUCUGCUGUACGCGAUGUGUGGCAUCACGUUCCGUCGCUGCCUACAACAGCUGCUCCGCAAGGUGAUGAAAAGCAUGACCAGGUAUCAUUGUAAUCCUCAACGAUACAUAUAG